AUGAGUGAUCAUGCAGAAGAAAACUGCAAGAAAAGCAAUUCUGACCAGGAAACGUCUGCAGAAGGAAAUGUCUCUUCUGCUAAGGACUGCUCAAUAACGCAAAAACAAUUGGGCAAGAUCAAAAAAAAAAUACAUUAUUCUGCCUCCCGCAAAACAACUUUCAAACUCCAAGCCACCGUACCAGAACCACUGUACCACCAUAUUCAGAGUUGAGGUUGUUCCCUCUCCUGUCAGGAUGCACAGUCGCAACAACUCGAGAAACAAUUAAAAUGCUUAGCCUUUCAAAAUCCAGGACCUCAGGUAGCUGACUUCAAUCCUGAAACUAGAGAGCAGAAAAAGAAAGCGCGCAUGUCACAGAUGAAGCAAGAUUUUUUUUAUAAGCCCAAAAUUACAAAGAAGUAUGACAAACAUGGCAGGCUGCUUUGUAAUAACAUGGAUUUGUGUGAUUGCCUGGAAAAGAACUGUCUGGGUUGCUUCUAUCCCUGCCCCAAAUGCAAUUCAAACAAAUGUGGACCAGAAUGUCGCUGCAAUAGGAAAUGGGUUUAUGAUGCAAUUGAGACUGAAGCUGGGAAUGUGAUCAGCGUGUUGCCAUUUUUUGUCCCUGACUGAUUUUGUUGAUAGGUUUUGUGCCUGAGCAAAGUUCUUUUUUCUUCACAUUUUAUUACAGUAAAUCUUGGCUUUAUGAAUUGUCUUUAGUGAAGUGUCUGGCAGUGGUGCUUGUGCUUCUUUAUUGCUGCCUACCUAGCAGACUUUAACCUUCCCCAUUAAGUAAAAGUAUAUAUUUCAUUCUUCCUUAUCCUUGUGAGCUUUACUGAGGCAUCUAGUCAGUCCUCUCUAAAUCUUGACUUUCUAAAACAGAAGGUGUCUGGGCUGCUGUGGGAAGACAAUUUUCUUACCCUGGGAAGCUGAACCACAUUACUUGUAAUGA